UAAUUCAGCCGAAAUAUCAAUCAUUACUUCUCCUUGAAACCGUAACACAUCCUUAUCAUUCGGAUCGCGAAUUUUCAACAAGUAUGGAUUAUUCGAAUAAAUGUUUAACAAUCGAUCGAUUUAGACCGUUCAGAGCUUCAUUAUAA